CAAAGUAUAUCAUUAAACGAGAGUAGUACCUUGGCUGUAAUUAUCAUAUCAUUGUUAUAAUUUUUAUUUUAAAUCAAAAAUUCAUGUUUGGGCUCUAAAAUUUUACAUAUCACUAGAGACUACACCGAACAGUAAAAGGAUAAAUUACUCGUCACACGCUAAAAAACAAACUUUGCUGUCAAAUUUUUGGAAGUGUGUUCUAACCAAAAUUGGCAUUUAAAUUUUGAAUUUCAUUUAUUUAAUAAGUAAAAAACUUCAACUAAAAUGUUUAUAAGACCUUCGUUAUCUAAUAAUUUUCUUUUGAAAAGAAUAAUUUGGUCGGAUUUAAUAAGUAGUUCUGGAACCUCACAGAAAUUUAGUCAACAAGUGCCUGCUGUUAAAAAUACGGAGGAAUACUACGAAAAACAACUAAAAGAAUUCCAAACUCUUACUAAUGUAACUAAAAAAGUGAGAACGAAGAAACCACAAAAGCCGCCGUUUGUAAAAAAUUUCUUGUUAGGAAAAUUUGAUACAGAUCUCCUUACCUAUCCUGAAUUGAAUAAAAGUGAUACUAAAAAUUUAGAGGACACCGCUAAACUAGUACACAAUUUAAUGAAACAAAAUCAUAUGGUGGAUUGUUCUUCAAUGACAAAGCAAUUCAGGCAGAAUCUUUCAGAUUUUAAAGCUAUAGGACUCCAAGCAGCUCAAUUAAUGAACGGAAUGGAGUGUAAUAUAACAGAAAGCUCCGUAUUUUUAGAAAAAUUAUCUGAACAUAAAUUGAGGAAUAGCAUUGUAAAUAAUGAACAAUUGGGAGUAUACCUUUUAAACAAAUUUGGAAAUGACGAAUUGAAGUUGAAAUAUUUAACAAAGCUGAUGAAUGGAGAAAUUUUAUCAGCUGCAUGUAUUUCUGAAACUACUGCUACUGAUUUAAAUUCUCUUCAAACUAAUGCUAAAUUAUCCCCGGAUGGUAAACAGUGGAUUUUAAAUGGUGAAAAAACUUGUGUUGUAAAUGGAAAGCUUGCAGAUAUUUACAUAGUUUUCGCUGUAACGAAAAUUAUCAAAAAAGAUUUAUUAACAGAAACAAAAUUGACUAGCUUCAUUAUAGAUAAAGAUUCUCCAGGAAUAGUGAUAAAGGAAAUCGAUUGCAAAGGAAUAGAGAUCGUUAACAUAACUUUUAAUGAUACUCAAAUUCCAGCCUCGAAUGUUAUUGGGGAGGUUAACAAAGCUCAAAAUUUAUUACAAACUUUGAUAACAGAAUUGAGGUUAAGCAUAGGUCCAAUGUGUGUGACUGUAUCGAAACAAAUUUUAAACAAUCUAAUAACGGAAAUUCAGAAUAAAUCUGAUGAUAAAAAUUUACUACAUGAAACAGAUGGUAUAAGAGAAAAAAUAGGUGAGAUGAUUGUUUCAAUUUAUGCCAUGGAAAGUAUCCUAUAUUUAACCACAGGCCUAAUAGAUAAUUAUGAAAAUCAAGAUAUUGAAGUAGAAGCAUCAAUCGUUAAAGCAUUUUGUUCAGAUCAAACAAUGAAAUUGGCUACGAAAGCUUUGAAUUUAUUAGGGGCAAGUUUCGUACGAGACUCUCAUUGGCUACACCCUUUGUUCGAAGAAGCUCUAAGAUUUAAAAGUUUAAAUGAACCAGAUGACGGUUUGAAGAUUAUUUUGGCUUUACUUUGUCUUCAGCAUGCAGGGAAAAGUACUCAUGAAUUAAUUGAAAAAAUUAGAAACCCGGUGUCGCACAUUUCCUUCGGGUUUAGAAGGAUGUGGAGGAAUAGAAGGAACAACGAAGACAAUCCGAAAUUAGAUUUAGAACUGGGAGAUUACCUCCAUCCAUCUUUAGAAAACGCCUCUAAACAAUUAGAGUACUGCGUGAAGAGACUCGAAUUUGCCUCGGAGGUGUUGUUGGUAAGGUAUGGUGGUGAUAUUGUCAAUUAUCAUAUGGAACUUAGAAGGUUGGCCAACGUUAUUGUCGACACCUACGUAACCGCAGCUUGUUUAGGUAGGGCAUCGAGAUCUUAUUGCAUAGGGGUCCAACAUGGCGAUGUCGAGAUGUUGAUAGCUUCCACUUACGCUAAUUCGGCUGUGGAAAGAGUCAAAUAUAACGUGCUCAAAAUAUACGGCGGUUACUAUAAUACAAAUGACGAGAACCAUAGGUUUUUGGCUAAAAAGAUAUUUAAAUUCAAGGAGUACUUUCCGAAACAUCCUCUUACUAGGAAUUUCUAAUUUUUCUUAUGUAGUUAUUUAUUAAAAUGUUAUGUUUAAGAAAUAAAA